AUGGAGCUGCUGAAGCAGCAGCGUUUGCCUGCAUGGCAACCAAUUCUCAAGCCUCCACAUGUUGCGGCCGCCUUUUUCGUCCUGAGUGUUUUCUUCAUCCCUGUGGGCGUGUUCAUCACGCUCACUAAUCAACGCGCAAGGGAAUUCAACGUUCGCUAUGAUCAUGUUCAGCGCUGUACGAGUAAGCACAACACAGGCGCUUUUACCUAUACAGGUAACCACAUGACGCUUCGCACUGGCUGCGUGACAACGGUCUCAUUUGAGCUCACGGAGAGGCUAGCGGCCCCUGUCUACCUUUACUAUGAGCUAACUAACUUCUAUCAGAAUCACAGGCGUUAUUCAAAGUCGCGAAGUGAUGCCCAAUUGGCUGGCGACAUCGUGAGAGAUUUGCCCGACGCCUCACCGCUUGUCACGCCAGGGGAAAUUAAUGGUCUCUCUGGGACCCCUAUACUAUACAUGGAUAGUUCGAAUUUGCACUACAAGGAUUUUGUGUAUGUUCCGGCCGGCCUUAUUGCCUGGUCCAUGUUUAAUGACACGUUUACUCUUUACGCGGAGGCGAAGGAAGGCCGAGCUGCACGACGUCUCAUCUGCAACGCAACAGAUUUUUCCAAGGGAACAAAUGUCCCUCUUAACGGCUCGGAGGCGCGAAAUUUUUGUACCAAGAGGGGGAUUGCGUGGGAGACGGACGUGGCGCUUAAGUUCAAGGCACCAAACUUGGACCCGCGUCAUCGGUUUUGGACGGCCGCACGCGAGUUGUACGCUGGAACUGAGCCAACGACAGCCCUGUCCAACGACACCUUCUUCAACGAGGGGUGGUACGCAGGUGAACUGGGCCACGCGGUCCCUGUGACGACGGAUGAGGAUUUAAUGGUGUGGAUGCGCCCAGCCUCGUUGCCAACGUUCCGCAAGCUGCAUCGUGUUAUUCACACAGACCUUCCGCCUGGGAAGUACGUAAUGGUGAUUGGGGAGCACUUUGACGUCUCCUCUUUUGGUGGUACAAAGUCUUUUGUGUUGGCCACACUCUCUUGGUUGGGAGGGAGGAAUGUCUGGCUGCAGGCAUUGUACUUUUCAGUCGGUGGGUUUUCUGUGAUUUUUGCCGUCGUGUUGCUGCUGGUUCACCGUUUUUCUGGCGACCGUGCCUCAAAGGCCAUUGACACUUUGAUCCAAAGUUGA